UCCGGCAAAAUGACUGCUGUAUUGUCGGAGCAUGGAUUUUUUAUAAAUUGCAUUUAAAUUGUUGUUCAAUUAACAUUUUAAAUACUUAUUUAAAAAAUAUUAAAAUGGAACCAGUAUACUUUUGUAAAUCACUGUAAACAGACAAUGAGCAUUCUGUUGCCCUAGACAUAUUUUUAAUCAUUCGAGUUGGCGUCGCUAACCAACUCUUCAGUCUCUUGCAGUCUUGGAAGUUGAACUCGGGACAACUGCUAACUCUUCCAAAUCGUUACGUCAGAAAAAUUUACUGUAUGCUUUUCAAAACUUCGCACUCCUGACUUAAAGAUGGAUGGUAGUGGAUUCACGCCAUUUGGGUCUGGUCUGACUCCUCAGCCCCAGCAGAGUCCACUGCUUUCUCCCGCAUUAAGUGGAUUUGGACUGGGUGCAACACCAAACCCUGUACUGCCACCUUCCAAUGCCAGUCUUUACCCACCAACUCCCGGUGGUCCCAUGACCCCCAUUUCACCAGCUACACCAGCAUCAGAGGGAUCAGGAAUAAGACCACAACUACAAAAUAUUGUUUGCACCGUAAAUCUGGGCUGCAGACUGGAUCUGAAGAAAAUUGCUCUUCAUGCUCGAAAUGCAGAGUACAACCCAAAGCGAUUUGCAGCAGUCAUCAUGAGAAUACGUGAACCCAGAACCACUGCUCUUAUUUUCAGUUCAGGCAAAAUGGUUUGUACAGGAGCAAAGAGUGAAGACCUAGCUAAGCUUGCUGCUCGUAAAUAUGCAAGAAUUGUGCAAAAGUUGGAUUUUCCAGCCAAGUUUUUAGAUUUCAAAAUCCAGAAUAUGGUGGGAAGCUGUGAUGUAAAGUUCCCUAUACGUCUUGAAGGUUUAGUGCUUACACACAGUCAGUUUUCAAGCUACGAACCUGAACUGUUUCCUGGUCUUAUUUAUCGAAUGGUUAAACCCAGAAUUGUGCUGCUCAUUUUUGUCUCAGGAAAAGUUGUACUCACAGGUGCCAAAGUACGGGAAGAGAUCUAUGAAGCUUUUGAAAAUAUUUAUCCAAUAUUGAAGGGAUUCAGAAAGUGACCUAACGUGUUACAUGCAAAUCAUUCUUUUCAUGACAGACUGAUUUUGAUUGCCUCAGUAUCAACAGGGCUUUCAAAAAACGUGACAUAUCCAUGGGAAAUGUAAGAUUUUGCAGUUGUUCAGUGAGCAGAACCAAAUAGAACAGUGUGCUGCAAGGUGAAACUAAAGACUAAUAAAUCACCAUUGUACAUAUUCUCAUGAGUGGAAUGAAACCAGAAGUGCUAUAAACAUGCAUGCUGCUUGAUACAUGCACGUUUGUCCUUCACAUUUGGACAGUAGCCAUGCUGUGAUAAUAUGAAGAAUAAAAUGGAGAUUUUUGUGUAAGAGGAAUGCCAUUCCCCAUACAUGUAUUCCAUGAAAACAAAGAGACAAUAUGUAUCAUCAAAACAGGUUGACCAUCUUACUGUUUUCAUCAUCCAGCCCUGGACCCAGCUAGUUGUCCAGUGCAUCUGUGUCAAGCUUACGAGAGCAGUGGUAUUACAAGAUGUCUUCAUCACUGAUAAAGAAAUAUCCAAAAUUCCACCAGAAUUUGUGAUUUUAAUAUCCCCUUUAAAAUAUUCCUGUCCUUUUGCCUGAAUUUUACCUCAAAAUAAUAAGGUCUGGGAAAACAAGAUUUAAAAAAAAAAAAUAAGAAAAUUUAAUCUGUUCUAGACAUAAUUAUGAACUACUAAACCCAUAUAAUUAUACUGAACAAAUUUUUCUUAUUUAAUGUGUUAAAAGGGAUCUAUUAGUCUGAGACAGUUUAAUGCUAAAAUGUAUAAAGGGCCAGGUCAUGAAAUUUAAACUAGUGACUAUGGACGUGAUAGAUUCCUCCUUGAUCAGCUAAUAUGUGUUCUUGGUAUGACUUUUCUCAGGCAUUCAGUUAUGGAUGUAUGAUCCAUAGAACCAAGAUGCUUACAUUCAUGUAAUGCAGAUUAUAUUUUGGUUCUGUCCUGGUGCAGAUUGACAUUCUAUAGCCGAUGAUUAAUAAAUCAAUGUGCUCUAGUGGUGUUGUUAAACAAAACAAACUUUGUAUUGAGAAAAGAACCCCAUCACUAUGCCACUGGUACAGUCAUAACAAAAUUCUGUUAUCAGCAUUUGAAAACAUGUUGAUGUAACUUGUGAAAGACCUGAUGACGAUAUUUCAUUUACAAGACUUCGAGUUGUCUUGUUUGAAAUCCAAGUGUGCGUAUUUUAUUCAAUUCACAAUGAAUCAAUAUUUGUAAAUUGUAUGUUAGCAUGUAUAUAUGUGCAUUAUUUUUGUGUAUAACAUUUUGUUAUAAACAGGUGCAAAAUUA